AUGGCAUUCGGCGGCUUCUUCGGCGGCGGCUCGUCCAAAGACAACUCCUCUUCGUCCACCACAUCAUCAUCAUCAUCAUCUUCAUCCUCCGACUCGUCCUCCACAUCGAUUACAAACCCUCUAUCCUCCUCCUUCUCACCUUCCAGCGGUUCCACCACAACGACGACAUCGGGCGUGACACUGCAGCGCAUCCAAUCCGCCAUCAGCGAACAAUCCAACGUCGCCAACGCGAAGCAACUGAUCUCCAACGUCCACACGAAUUGCUUUGAAAAAUGCGUCCCCAACCCGGGCAGCAGUCUGAGCUCGACAGAACAAAAGUGCCUGACUGCCUGUAUGGAGAAGUACAUUGAUGCAUGGAACGUGACGAGUCGGACGUACACGGCGAGGUUGCAGAGGGAGAGUGCAUCGUUUGCGGGCGGGAUUGCUGCUGGCUCUGGGGCAGCAGGAGGCGGGAAGGAGCUGUUUUGA